CAGGAUGUCAUGUAUGGACAGUUCCUAAAAUAUUGUGGCGAAUCUGCCGUGCUCGUUCAAAGCCAGCAGAGCAAGAUGGCGGCCCCUACAAAGCAGUACGGGCUGAUCUUGUCACAGAAGAAAGGAGGAAAGACAGCAAAUCUACAAAAACCCUCAGUGUUCGGGGAUGACUCAGAUGAUGAGACCUCAGUUGGGGAGAGUCUGCAGAAAGAAGCCGUCAAAAGGAAGAUGAUGAAGCAGACCCGUUUGGAGAUGCAUAAGGCCCUGGAGCAGGACAGCACUGUAUAUGACUACGAUGCAGUGUAUGAUGACAUUCAAAAACAGAGAGAUGAGAGCAACAAAAAAAAUCUUGGAGGUGCUGACAAAAAGCCAAAGUAUAUCCAGCAGUUAAUGAAAGCAGUUGAGGACCGAAAGAAAGAACAAGAACGAAGAGAGGAGAGGAAGAUCCAGAAGGAAAGAGAGGCAGAGGGAGAGAAGUUUGCUGAUAAAGACGCUUACGUCACCUCCGCCUACAAGCAAAAACUGCAGGAGCAGAAGGAAGAGCAGGAGAGAGAGAGGAGAGAGGCAGAGAUAGAAGCUGCUUUGGAUGUGAAGAAACAAAAAGACCUGAGCGGCUUCUACCGACACCUGCUGAAUCAGACUGUAGGAGAGGAAGCGAUACCAGAUCGCUCAGCAAACCAAACUCAAACCUCAACAGUUUCAAAGGACAGAGAGAGGACUACACCUGUUCCAUCACCUACAUCCCAUGACAAUAUUCCAAGCUCAAGCAGCGACAGUGAGGAAGGGCAUGAGCAGAAGUCUGGGUUUAUCAAGCCCGGCGCAGGCUCUACACACUCAAAACGCCAGUACAGACAGAGGUCACCUUCGUCAGGCAGCGAAGAAGAUAAGGCAAAAGAGAGAGAGAGGGAGAGAGACAGACAUAAAAAGAGCCACAGGCAUCUAGACAGAGACAGGGAGAGGGAUAGAGACAGAGGGAGGGAUAAAGAUAGAGACAAGAGAAGGGAAAAGGAUGACAGAUAUAGUGGAAGAAGAGAUGACAGGGAUAGAAAGAAAGACAGGGACAGAGACCGAGGCAGGGAAGAUGACAGAAGUAGAGGCAGGGGGGGUACAGAGAGGGAAGACAGGCACUGGAAGAGGGAGAGAAGCCCUAAAGAGAAAGAGAGGAAUAAGAAUGGGGAAAGUGAGAAGCAGAGGAAUUCAGCUGAAGACAAGUGGAAGGACAAAGAUCGGGAGGAAGAGAAGGAGAGAAGGAAGGAACCAGAGGAGGAGAGAAGGAAGGAACCAGAGGAGGAGAAGGCAGUGAGGGGGGAAGACAAAGGUCUGGAAAAGGAAGAAGCUGGAGCACAGAGAAAAGAAAAUGAAGGCGAGGAGACAGAGGAUAAGGUAAACAAGUUUGCAAAACGCAGCACAGAUCAGGCUGUGAGUUCGGCAAGAGAGAGGUACAUGGCCAGACAGAUGGCGCGCUCAGCCAGUAAGAGCUACAUCGAGAAGGAAGAGGACUGAGAGGUGUCCAGCACACGAUGCAAACAUCUUUGAACUGCACACUGAACGUAUUUCUCUCAACACACCCUGCUACUCAACACACACUUUAUCAAUACAACCCUGCCCUGUCACCCAAACCAAAUGGCGGUAUGGCUUAUUGUUUUUAAUUGCUUCAUAUAACAGUAGAGGUCUGGUGCAAAAUACUGAAUAUAUCCAACUUUGUCAUGUAACCGCCGUACACCAUGGUGGACAGAGCUGUGCUUAUGGUCGUUAGUGACGAGUGAAAAGGACGAUAUGUGAAUUUUUUUUGGGCUUGAUAGGUUGAUUUGUGAAAUAAGAAUGCUGACUUGUAAAUAUUAGCCUCUUGUAUCAUUAAAUUCAGGAUUGAGGAAAACUUACUUUGCUUAAUUUGGAAGAGGGUAUUUUGUAUGUUUCUCAUGUAGUCAGUGAUGAGUUAAAAGUUAUUUCUGGCCCCCACGUUUCUUGUGUUUCUUGAUUGUGCUGCAGUCUUAUCUACAGGAAUGAAGAUGUCUGCUCAUAAAUGAUAAACUGGUCAACAACUUUCAGGUAUAAAUGAACUAGGCAGAAAACACUACACCCAAAGACACCAACCUGUCUUAAGUUACUGCUGAAAACAAAGCUGAAGACACCAAGGACUGGCUGCAAUCUGAAGAGCCACAGUUCUGCAUACAUAUACCCA